CUUCAAGGUAUUUGAUGUGCUUCAGUAUAGUUCUGUGUGGUUCAUGCAACUCAGGCAUGCCAGCAAGACUGCCAGUCCCCAGAUAUGACAAUGGUACACAUCACCUACCGGUAAAGGCAGAGUGAUGGAAUUUGGAGACAUCUUGAAGGUGAUCGGGGAAUUUGGGCGGUUCCAGAAAUGGCUGGUGCUCCUGCUCUGCAUUCCAAAUUUCCUCACUCCCUUUCACUUGUUCGGCCAAGUGUUCAUUGUUAUGGACGUGCCUCACUAUUGCAACACGAGCCGGAUCCGCGAGCUGAACUGGAACCUGACCAAAGAGCAAGCGCUGAACUUGACAAUUCCAAGAAAGCCGGAUGGAUCUCUCGAGGAAUGCCGUAUGUUUACUCCCGUGCAAGGCAGUCUUCCAUCGAUUCGAUUCAAUUCCACAGAAAAAUGCCAAGAUGGUUGGGUGUAUCCUGAAGAGCUACAGCCGACAUUGCUCACGGAGUUUAACUUGGUCUGUGAGCGAAAAAACUUAAAUGACUUCUCUCAGUCCAUUUUCAUGGCGGGCGUUCUUGCUGGAGCUCUGGUCUUUGGCCCACUGAGUGACAGGAUUGGGAGUCGAAAUAUGAUCUUGCUCACCCUUCUCCUGAUGGGCUCCUUUGGCCUUGGGGCAGGUUUUGCACCCAGUUUGAACGUCUACAUCGCUUUGAGGUUCAUUGUGGGCUCUGCUUUUGCUGGAAUGAGUAUAAGCAUGGCGGUUUUAAAUUCUGAGUGGGUUGGGGCCGCCUACCGCCCCUUUGCAAUAAUUAUGACUUACUGCUGCAACUCUAUGGGGCAGAUGGCCUUGGCUGGCUUGGCAUACAGCAUUCGGGACUGGAGGCUCUAUCAGAUUGUUGGCUCAGCUCCUGCAUUAUGUCUCUUUUUUUACAUAUGGGUCCUUCCCAGCUCUGCUCGAUGGCUUGUGACGAGAGGGAAGGUAGUGGAAGCAAAAAAGGAGAUUCAAAGAGCAGCACGGAUCAACAAGCAAAGCAUCCCGGAAGAGUUACUCAAUCAGCUAGCUCCCCAAAAGAAGGGCACAUCUGGAAGUAUCCUGCAUCUUUUAAAGAAGCCACAUCUAAGGAAAAUCACUUUGAUUAUGGCAUGGGUCUGGUUUGUGGACAGUCUGGUGUACUAUGGAGUGAGCCUUCACGUUGGGGAUUUCGGCCUGGACAUCUACAUGACCCAGCUUGUGUUUGGAGCUGUUGAAAUACCAGCACGGGCCUCCUGUAUCUUCCUGCUCCAGUGGAUGGGGAGAAAGAAAUGCCAAGCUGCUUGGCUUCUCCUGAGUGGAGUCGUAUGUCUGGUCAUCCCUGCUAUUCCAAAAACUUUCCCCAUCGCCGUAACUGUGCUGGCUGUUAUCAGCAAGGCCGCUCUUUCUGCUUCCUUUUCAACCACCUACGUGUUCUCUGCAGAGGUGUUUCCCACAGUUGUCAGGCAGACCAGCUUAGGUUUGUGCUCCAUGUGUUCCCGAAUCGGUGGCAUUCUUGCCCCACUGGCAGGUCUUUUGGAUGAGAUCCACCCUGCAAUUUCAAUGGUGCUAUUUGGAAGCACGUCAUUGGUUGGAGGGAUCCUUUGCUUCUUUCUUCCCGAGACGCGGAACAGAGAUCUUCAGGAUGACACAACCAAGGCGUCAUCAAGUCAGCUAUCCAACAAGGCAGUCAAUGGUGGCUUUGGAAAUGGACCAGUGGAAGAGAAAGAUGAAAGAUGGAUUACAGAGAUCACCAAGAGUACAUCCUUGUAGCAGCAAGGGCAAAUCAUCCUGGGGUUGAGAAAUGAAUGUCAGAACAUCUAGUUUUCUAAAGAGAUCUUUGAACGGCGAAUGGGCUUCCUUCUUGGUUUUCACUGUCACUUUUGAAAAGUAGCUUUCUCCAUCACUAGUUCUCUCAGAAGCCAGCAGGUCCAAAUUAACCCUAAUCGCACCUGCAUAAAUCUCUCAUCCUGUUACUUUCCAGCCAUUCUUGCUUCUCCGCUCUCAAUCCCUGAAUCAGGGUUACUAUUUCUUUAUUCAGAAUUCCUCACAGUGGAUUUAAAUAAAGCUAUAGCCCCUCUUUGUCAUUCUCAGGGAGAGGGGUUAUUGUUUUAUUUAACUCCAUUAACGGACAUUGUCAGAAAUGGAAAAGGCCCCUUUCAAAAAAUUUACAACCCGUUGGAUAUUCUCCUAGCAGUUUAAUAAUCCUGAGUUAUUCAAAAGCUAAAUCUGAAAUCGAGCAAAGGAUUUGGGACAUUGAACUUCAACACCAUUUACGUUCUGCUGCAAAAUGCCCUCAUUUUGGGAACAAGAAAUGGGCGCUGUCAAUUAUUUAGCUAAUUUAUUGACUCCCACGCAAAGGAUAGGCUUAACUUUGGCCUUUCUCAGUGUUUUUUCAUCUGCUUUAUUCGAAGGAAGAUACCGUGGUGUGCCGCUUCACGAGUGUUUAUGCCUUUGUGCUACCGAGGAAAUUGAAAUGGUUGGACAUGUGCUGUUGCAUUAUCCGUUCUUUUAUGAUCUUAGAUAUAUGUUUAUUAUGCCUGUCCUCCAAAAAAUCCUGGGAAGAUCGAAGGAAUGUUAUACCUUUUUUCUGCUAGCAGACAUUGAGCCUGGAACCACAGAUAGAGUUGCUAGAUUCUGACGAAGGGAGCUCUGACUCUCGAAAGCUCAUACCCUGGAAAUCCUGUUGGUCUUUAAGGUGCUACUGGACUCAUAUCUUGCUUUUCUACUGCAGACCAACACAGCUGAAACUUGCUAGCUGCCAAGGUCUACUAAAGCACAGUGCUGAUUUAAUGAAAUGUUACUCUCUUUUUUAUAAUUCUCAAUGCAAUGGUUGUAUAUAUAUUAUCAUUACUAAUGUGUCAAUGUAUUUUUUAUCCUGCUGGUCUUUGACCAUAAUAAAUGAUUCAAUUGAAUUGA